AUGACUAAGCUGGCUAUAAUUCCAUGCACUGUUCUGUUGGAGACCCUUUUCCUGGGGAAGAAAUUCAGUAGAAGAGUUCAAUUUUCCCUUUCUAUCCUCCUUCUUGGUGUUGGGAUUGCUACAGUCACUGAUUUGCAGCUCAAUGCUUUGGGCUCUUUCUUAUCUCUUCUAGCAGUGAUUGCAACUUGCGUUGCUCAGAUUAUGACUAAUACCAUCCAGAAGAAGUUUAAGGUUACCUCCACCCAGCUUCUAUAUCAAUCAUGUCCUUAUCAAUCAGCAACCUUGUUAAUCUCUGGUCCGUAUCUGGAUAAAUUGUUGACCAAUCAAAGUGUAUUUGCCUUCAAGUAUACGACCGAAGUGACCGCUUUUAUCAUUCUGUCCUGCCUCAUCUCCAUCUCCGUAAACUUUAGUACAUUUCUUGUGAUUGGGAAGACAUCUCCAGUCACCUAUCAGGUUCUAGGACACCUAAAGACAUGCCUUGUAUUGGCAUUUGGUUAUAUGUUACUCAGCAAUCCAUUCAGCUGGAGGAACAUCCUUGGGAUUUUGAUAGCAUUGGUAGGGAUGAUUUUAUACUCUUACUAUUGCACUCUUGAGAAUCAGCAAAAUCUGCAGAAGCUGCUGCCCAGCAUCACCCCGGCAAGAGACGGCGAAACUGAUCCUCUCGUCAAUAUGGAAAGUGGAAAUGCGGUGUGUUCAACAAGAGGUCACUCUAUGGAAGCAAAGAUAGAGACUAGCACGCCUCAUGCGUUUUCUCCUCCGCCAUUCUCAAGAGCAGUAGAUAGGCCUUAA